UUAUGAAGGUGGUGGUGGUAGAAUCGUCGAACAAAGUUCAAAGUUUAAAUUUAUUAUUUUUUUUAUACUUUAAAUAAAAAUACAUAUAACAACUAAAACGAACUGCUGUACACAGUACAAAAUUCCUCUCAAAGUUUAUUCAGGGUGGUUCAAUUUAAGAUUGGACUCCAGUCGUUUUUAUUUUCAGAAUGUCUUGUAUACAACAGGUUUCAAGAAAUUUAAUCAAAAAUGGUCUUAAAAUUAAUCCAAAUUUAGUAAAGCACAGUUCUUCAGCUUCGAGUGUGGGAGGAUAUAAUUUUGCUCUAAAUGAUACUCAAAAAGAAUUUCAAGAUCUAGCAAGGAAAUUUACUAGAGAAGAAAUUAUUCCAGUUGCAGCUGAAUAUGAUAGAACUGGAAAAUAUCCUUUUGACAUUCUCAAAAAGGCUUGGAGCCUUGGAUUGACUAAUAGUCACAUACCUGAGGAAUAUGGUGGUAUGGGUAUGGGUAUAUUUGAUGGAUGUGUAAUAGCUGAAGAAAUUGCAUAUGGAUGCACAGGAAUAAAAACUGCAUUGGAAGGUAGUGGUUUAGGACAAACGCCAGUACUGGUAGCAGGUAAUCCAGAGCAGAAGAAAAAAUAUUUAGGAAGGUUAAUAGAAGAGCCACUGGUUGCUGCCUAUGCAGUGACUGAGCCGGGAGCGGGAUCCGAUGUUAACGGUCUUAAAACGCGCGCUGAAAAGAAAGGCGAUGAAUGGAUCCUCAAUGGACAGAAAAUGUGGAUCACUAAUGGAGGUGUUGCCAAUUGGUAUUUCGUAUUGGCUCGCACUAAUCCCGAUCCAAAAGCACCGGCCAGUAAAGCAUUUACUGGAUUUAUCGUCGAAAGAGAAUGGCCGGGUGUCAAUCCUGGAAGAAAGGAGAUAAAUAUGGGCCAAAGAGCUUCAGACACAAGAGGCAUAACUUUCGAAGACGUUCGCAUUCCUAAAGAAAAUGUGCUAAUUGGCGAAGGUGCUGGAUUCAAAAUUGCUAUGGCUACAUUUGACUCUACUAGGCCACCAGUAGCCGCGGGUGCUACAGGAUUAGCCCAACGUUGCCUAGACGAAGCUACCAAAUACUCUCUAGAACGAAAAACUUUUGGCGUUCCUAUCGCCAAACACCAAGCCGUCGCAUUUCUUUUGGCAGACAUGGCCAUUGGAGUAGAAACCGCUCGUCUGGCUUGGAUGAAAUCUGCUUGGGAAGUGGACAACGGCAUCAAGAACACUUUAGCAGCUUCUGUAGCUAAAUGUUACGCGUCCGACGUGGCCAACAAGUGUGCUACAGAUGCUGUGCAAAUUUUCGGAGGAAAUGGCUUUAACAGCGAAUAUCCCGUGGAAAAACUAAUGAGAGAUGCCAAAAUUUAUCAGAUUUAUGAAGGAACUUCUCAGAUUCAGAGAAUGAUUAUUUCUAGGGUUAUUAUCGAUAAAGCAAAAGAAUCUGCUUGAGUACCGGUUUAAAAAAAGAGUUAGAUUUAUUUAAUUUCAAAAUUUUUCUGGUUUAUUUGAUUUUCGAAUUGUUUGAGUAAAUUAUGGGAUUGAUUUAUAACAAUUUAGCCAUCCAUAUAUAGGUAUUAAAAUGUUGCUGAACAAAGUAGUAAGAAUCAAACAUACUUUCUAUAUGAACUAUUUUAUUUUCAUUUAUUUUUUUAUAUAGAUACUUUUAAAUAUUCUUUAUAGUAAAGUCGUUCGCUAAGAUUAUUUUUUGAACUAAGUUUACAUAAAUAUUUUAAUCAAAAUCAGUACAAAAACUUUUCUAAACAUGUAUUUUUACAUAUUUACC